AUGGCAUCUUCUAAACCAGUAACCUCUAGGAGUUCACUUAGUAUUCAGGAGCUAGUGAAAGAGCCCAUGCUUGCCAUACCAAAACACUAUGUUCAAGUAGAUCAAGAACCUUCAAUCCUCUUGGAAGGAACUUCCUUGCCCACAAUUCCUGUAAUCAAUAUGCAACAUUUGAUUAUGGAAGAAGCCAAAUAUUAUGAACUAGAGAAGUUGCACUCAGCAUGCAAAGAGUGGGGCAUUUUUCAGCUGGUGAACCAUGGAGUUGAUUCUUCAUUAGUGGAGAAACUGAAAUAUGAGAUUCAAGAAUUCUACAAGCUCCCUAUGGAAGAGAAAAUGAAAUACAAGCUAAGGCCUGGUGAUGUUGAAGGGUAUGGACAAACCCCCCUCUUCUCUGAAGAUCAAAAGGUUGACUGGUCAGACAGAUUUUAUAUGAUAACUAAUCCCAACCAUAGAAGAAAGCCACACCUCUUGCCAGAGCUCCCUUCAUCACUUAGGAAUACCUUGGAAUCUUACUUAUUGGAGUUGCAAAAACUUUCCAAAACACUACUUGGGAUGAUGGCAAAGGCUCUAAAGAUUGAUGAGGAAGAGGUAGAAGAGAUGUUUGAAGAUGGGAUGCAAUCAGUGAGGAUGACUUACUAUCCACCAUGUCCACAACCAGAGUUGGUUGUUGGCCUUACACCGCACUCCGAUGCUUCUGGCAUCACCUUCCUUCUCCAAAUCAAUGGAGUGGAAGGCCUCCAAGUUAGAAAAGAUAGAGUUUGGAUCCCUGCAAACUUCCUUCCUGGUGCCUUUAUGGUGAAUGUUGGAGACAUUCUAGAGAUCUUGAGCAAUGGUGUCUACCGCAGCAUUGAGCACAAGGUGACAGUAAAUCCAGUGAAAGAAAGGAUCUCUAUUGCUAUGUUCUUCAAUCCCAAGUUCCAAGCAGAGAUUGGACCAGCAGCUAGUAUUAUAAACUCGGAAAACCCAGCAUUGUUCAAAAGGGUAGAGAUGGAGAAGUAUGUCCAAGAUUUUUUCGCCCGUAAGCUCAAUGGAAAGUCGUUCUUAGAGCAAAUGCGAAUUGAAAAUGGAGAAGACUACACUACUUGA